UACUACUACGCACAGUCGAGCAUGCACAUGUUCCUGGACACGAGGAGUGUCCCAGAGCCCCUGGACAGCAUCCUGCUGGCAGCCUUUGAGUUUGACAUCCACCAGGUCAUCAAGGACUGCAGCAUUGCUCUCAACAACUGGUGGUUUGUAGGGCAUCUGACUGACCUGCUGGACCACUGUAAACUGCUCCAGUCUCACAACCUACAUUUUGGCUCCAACCUUAGGGAGUUUCUACUGCUGGAGUACGCCUCAGGACUGUUCACCCAUCACAGCCUGUGGCAGCUGGCUGUGGACUACUUUGACCACUGUCCAGAGUUUGGCCGUGUGUACCUGGAGCUACAGAUAGAGCGUGUUCCUCUGGACACGGAGCGCAAGGCCCUGAAGGUGAUCAGGAUCUGUGAGCAGAGGCAGAUGCCUGAACAAGUGAGGAGCAUCUGUAAGAUCAUGGCCAAGAAGGCCCUGAGGAACAACAGAUUGGGCUCAGCUCUCUCCUGGAGCAUCAGAGCCAAAGAUGCCGCCUUCGCCACCCUCAUAUCAGAGAGGUAUCUCCAGGACUACUGCGCCAAAGGGACCUUCUCUGAUCUGGACCUGAUUGACAACCUGGGCCCAGCCAUGCUGCUCAGUGACAGGCUUACUUUUCUAGGGAAGUACCGUGAGUUCCACCGGCUGUACGGCGAGAAGCGUUUCUCGGAAGCCGCCAAGCUCCUCCUCUCUCUGAUGACGGCCAAGAUCGCCCCCCGCUCCUUCUGGAUGACUCUGCUGACCGACGCCCUGCCCCUGCUGGAGCAGAAAGAGGUGAUUUUCUCUGCUGAUCAAACUCAUGAGCUGAUGUUCUGUCUAGAGGAGCUGACCUCAUGGAAGAGUGUUCCCAACCCAGACAGACCCAUGCAGGAUGAGGACAUCGAGACGACCAAGAUUGAGCUCCUGCGGCUAGCGCUAGCCCGUAACCUGGCCAUGGCCAUAGUGAAGGAGGGGACAGUGGAAGUUUGACCAACACUUAAAGACGAGCGCUUAUCUUUUUCAUUUCAUACAUAAACCAAAUCUGAUCAAAAUGUGCUAUUUGAUAAAUAAAUUUUUUCAUUAUUUGA